AUGGAGAGUACUACAUGGUCUUUUUGUGUGCCAAUUUAUCCAAUUAAUUUUACUCAGAUAACACGCUGUUUGCUUCAGUACGUUACCUCCAAUGUUAAUAAGUUUAUUCCUGACCUGCAGGGUGUUCUUGUGGACUAUGACUCAAAAACUUUACAGAUUAUGACGGAGGUUGAUCAUUCUGACCCUAAUAUUCCUACUGGUUACACCUGUGGACUUUAUCUUAUUCAUCCUGAGUUGAAUUAUCUUCUUAUACAUGCCAAGGUAGAUGUCAGCCUUUUUCGUCCACAUUUGGGCUUGGAUAUGGAUGCUGUUGUUUCAAUGGUCCGACCACAGUUUAUCCUUUGUCGAACAGAAAUUUCUAAUGUAAUGGUUAGUAUUCCUCUCCUAUCUACUGAGUCAGGCAAAAAAGAAGAAGAAUUCAGCCCAUCUAUGUUAAAGCCUUUCGAUAGAAUAAAAGUUCGACUAACUCAAGUUGAUCAUAAUUUUGGGUCAUCUGUUUUACAAGGUGAAUUCAUUGAAUGCCUUUCUGAACCCCCGUCAAAAUAUUCUAAGAAACAACGAAACAAGCAGGUACACUCAAGUGAUAACGACUCACUGAGUGUAAAAUCUGUGAUAAAGACAUCCGAAAGUGAUGUACGUUCUGAAGUUCCUACGUCAGCCGAUGUAGGCUUGUCUAGUGCAGUUCUUUCCCCAAAUAGUUCAUGUAGCCCUAUUACACAGAAAUCUAAAAAACGCAAAAGGCAAAAGGUUGAAAUCCCGUCACCGAAAGCAUUUCAAACACCGGAACCAAAAUCUACCACCAAUUUUAAUAAUGACUUAUCAGUUCUAUCAAAAUCUUCGAAAUCUCCUAAUAAAAUAUUACACGAAGAAGAUUCAUCAUUUUCUGGAAUCCAUGAUGCCAAGGACAAUUCUGAUUUUGAUGGGGUUAAUCCUGGUUUACUCAGUGCAGCCUUGUUGAAAUGUGGAAAGAAAUACAUCUCGAAGCAUCGACUUUUAUCUUAUGUACCUAUAAAAGAGGAACCAACGUGA